CAUCUAAUUAUUGAUAGCCCAAUAAAAAUUUCUUGUAUGCCCAAAAUUUAAAUGAUAAGAUUAGAAAUAAAUGUAACAUGACUUUCUAGAAAUAUAUCUAUUAGAUAUAAUUUUUAAAAAAUAACAUAUGAAUCAAGGUUGUGAUUUGUGUUUUAAUAUAUAAGAUGACAUUACAUGUAAUUAAUUCAGGCAAGGAACAGUUUUUAAUAAAGGUUGCGAGAAGAGCUCUAAUGAUGAUAUAUAAGCAAAUACAUUCUUAUUAAUCACACAUGAACACAUGAAGAUAAAGUUAUUUAAUAAAAAUGCUCUCCAAAUAACAAAAAGAGGAUAAACAUCAAAAAGAAGUUCAAAAACAGUUACAUACUUCAACCAGAAACCUAAAGGAUGAGUUCACUCUAAUUUCAAGCAACUUCAUAUAUUGAUUUUUUUUCUUUACAACAAGUAAUCACUUAUAUAUUAUUUGAGAAACAUUAUAUCAUUGAAGCUAUGACAUGUGUUAUCAUCAAAAUAAUUAUUAGAUUCUUUAAAAAAUAUGUUGGUUCAUCUAAACAUAUAUUAUAGUUCUCAUUAAACUAAGUUAACUAACCAUUAAAUUAAAUAUUAAUGUACAAAAAAACAUUCAAACAUUCUUCUUUAUUUCCUUAAAUAGAAACUAUGUAAUUACCUAAUGUGAUUAAGAUAUAUAUUAAAUUAAUUAUUUUAAAUAAUAAAGAUUUGAUAAAAAUUUGUAUAUCCUCUAUGAUCAUUUUUAUCAUUUUUAUAUUAUUAAAAUAAAAAAUCACUUUAAUCAUAUAAUAAAUAUUAGUUUUUUUCGUAUAAGUUCUAUUUUAAGUUUAUUUAAAAGGGUUAUAAAUUACAAAAACUAUUACAAGUCUCACACUGAUGACAAGAAAGUUAAAAAUCUCACAUUAAAUUUUUUAUGAUUAGUUGUUUAAAUUUUUUUUAUAAUCCAAUACAAAUGAUCAUAAAAUAUAUGAGUAGAAAGUUUCAUCUAAUAGAUUUUCAAAUUAAAACAUAUAUAUAUAUAUAUAUAUAUAUAUAUUUUUUUUUUUAAUAUUGUUUAAAUUCAAAUAUAUUACAUAUAAAAAAACAGAAUAUCUUAAUUUCAAAUUUUCAUUGAAAAAUACUGAGAACUUAAAAUUUUAUUCGAAAUUUGCAUACAGAUUUUUAAAAUGAUUAUAAAUUACUAAAACUAUAAAAUUACAAAUUGAAAAUUUUGUAACAAAUGUUUAAAAACAUAUAAAUCCUCAUACAACAAUAUGCUUAUAAGACCUUAUUUAAUAAUUACUCAUAGUAAAAAUAUAAUAUAUAUUAAUAUCAUUUAACUGUAAUUGUAUACCAUAUAAAAUUGAUAAAAGUUAAUGUUUUGAUUUACUUAGCAUAAAAUGAUCGUAAAAAAAGAAGAGUCAUUAUUUUGAGUUAUGCUUUCUCGCUAGGGGUGUUCAAUGCGGAAUUCGGGUCAACAUUGGUUCAGUCUUCUCGGUUUUUUGUUAUUUCGGUUUAUAAGAAAUCACUACCAUAUUAAAACCCUAUCUAAUUUGGUUUGAUUCGACUUAUAUACCGUCUAUUUUAAGUUUAUUUGGUUUUAUAAUAAAAACAAUAAAUAUAUUAAGUAUAUUUAUCUUUUUAUAAAGUUUGUGAAUUUUACUUUAUACGAUUAGAUAUUCGCUUUAAUAAAACAUGAAAAUAUUCAUGUAUUUAAAUAGACUAUUUUUCUCUUUUUCUUUUACUAUGUAAAAUAGUAGGUAAGCAUAUUAAAUUAAUAAUAAUAAUAGUUUUUAUAGAAUUAAAAUAAGAAAAAAACAGUAAUUCAUAAUAUUAUUAAUUAAUUAAAUAUGGCGCACAUAUUUGUUAAAGAAAAUGUAAAAAUUACGUUUUUUAAUUUGAUAAAAAUGAAAAAUAACUUUUAACUUAAAACAAAAUAUUAAACUACUAAAAUCAAAAUUUUAAGUAUGAAGAUUGUAUCAAUAAAAUACAUUAUGUAUAUAAUUAUUAAUUAUAUUAUAUAAUUUAUAUAUAGUUAUACUAAUAUAUUUAAUUAAUUAUUUUAUUCGGUUUAAUCGGUUUAUAUACCAACCCAUGUCCAUAUACCGCGGUUUUUUAAAAAAUAACACCAGUUCGGUAUUACCAUAUCCAAACCACUUUCUCUAUUUCAGUUUGAUUCGAUUUUAGUUGGUUCAGUUUUACCAUAUUUAUCUUAGUUCUCGCCAACUUAAUUAUAUAUAUGAUAGUUAUUGAUUUUUCAGUUAUCCUAUAUAUAUGUUUAUUAUUUUUAUAUCAUAAUAUGUAAAAUAAAUAAUACUACUUAAAAUAAUAUAUAUAUAUAUAUAUAUAUAUAUACUAAUUAAGUACAUCAUAUUUAACUUAUAUUUUAUCUACAAUUAUUAUUAAUAUAUAAAUCGUACAGUUUCUACAAUCUUCAAUACCAAUCAGACUUUCAAAAAUAUUUAAAAUUAAAAUAGCUAAAAUUCUAAAACUAAAGUCUAAAACAACAAUCUUGACCAAUAAGAACCACAAUCGAAUCUCAUAUUCAUAAGAAAAAUAAAUGGCAUCAUGGACCUUGUAAAAGGGUUUAGGUGAUAGGUAUCUUGCUAAUUAGCUUUGAUAAUUUUAAUUUUUUUUUGUUCACUUGAUAAGUUUAAUUAAGUUAGUAUAUAUAUUCUCAGAUCUUCUCACUUUGACUUUUUUUGGUUGUGUUACCUCGUUUGUCUGUACUCUGUAUGUUGUUUCCUUCUUCAUCAAUUUUCUUAAUUUUUGUUUUUGUUUUCUCAAUUUCGAAAACCCUAAAAAUUAAUUUCAUUCUCGUUUUCGCAGCAAUGAACAACAACUAAGAUCCGAAAAUCUCUCAACAAUUCUACCAUCUUUCUUCUUUACUGACCAAGUCUUACCUUUUAUCCUCGGAAUCAACAAUGUUCAUCUAAGUAGUUUGUGUUCAGAUCUACAAACACUCUCUGCUAUUUGAUCUUAGCUUUUAUAUAUGCUCCACAAUUGGUCUCAAACUGCAUUGUGGAAUCGUUACAGUGUUGCUGCUCUCUGAGUCAUGGGCUGCAUUUGCUCCAAAGGAGUAAGAACUAACGACGAUUACAUCGAAACUUGCAAGAAACAAUCGAGAAACCACGAGAAUCUUGAUUCGGACAAAACAAGCGUUAACGGAAGAAACGAAGCUACAUUCAGGCUAAUACCUAACGGCAACAAGAACGUCCUCUCUGAUGACGACGAGGAGAAGGAGAGCUUUGUGUCUCAGAAAGAAGCAACAGUGAAGUUACUAGAAACAAAUGUAGGACCAUUACAGCCAAGAAUGAGUAGAAUCGGUAACGGAGACAGAACAGCUAAGGUUGUUGCUGGUUGGCCUUCUUGGUUGGUUUCAGUUGCUGGCGAGGCUCUCAAUGGUUGGCUUCCUCUCAGUGCUGAUUCCUUUGAGAAGUUAGAGAUGAUUGGGCAGGGAACUUAUAGUAAUGUAUAUAGAGCACGUGAUCUUCAAACGAACCAAAUCGUUGCUUUGAAGAAGGUUCGGUUUGCUAACAUGGAUCCUGAGAGUGUUCGGUUCAUGGCUAGAGAGAUAAUCAUACUCCGUAGGCUUAACCAUCCAAACGUUAUGAAACUCCAAGGGAUCAUCAUUUCAAAGGCUUCAGGGAGUAUGUAUCUUGUGUUUGAGUACAUGGACCAUGAUCUUACAGGGCUUGCUUCAACCCCUGGGAUUAAGUUCUCUCAAUCACAGAUUAAGUGCUAUGUGAAGCAGUUGCUGCUUGGGUUAGAACAUUGCCAUAGCUGUGGUGUGUUGCACCGUGACAUCAAGGGAUCGAAUCUUCUGCUAGACCGUGAUAAUAAUCUCAAGAUUGCUGAUUUUGGUCUCUCUACUUUUCGCCAACGGAAACAGCCUCUGACUAGCCGUGUUGUGACCUUAUGGUACCGUCCUCCUGAGCUUCUGCUUGGUUCUACAGAUUAUGGAGUUACGGUUGAUCUGUGGAGCACAGGAUGCAUACUUGCUGAACUCUUUACUGGAAAGCCUCUUCUUCCCGGGAGAACAGAGGUUGAACAAAUGCACAAGAUCUUUAAACUCUGUGGAUCACCUUCUGAAGAGUAUUGGAGAAGAUCAAGAUUGCGGCAUGCAGCUAUCUUUAAACCUCAACAUCAGUACAAGCGAUGUUUAGCUGACACGUGUAAGGAUCUUAUCCCUCCUUCUGCUUUGGCUCUCCUUGAGGUUCUUUUAGCUGUAGAGCCAGAAUCACGUGGAACCACAUCUUCUGCUCUUCAAAGCGAGUUCUUUACAACAAGGCCUUUUCCAAGCGAGCCAUCAAGUUUACCGAGAUAUCAUCAGCCAAGGAAAGAGUUUGAUAUCAAGCUUCGUGAAGAGGAAGCAAGACGAAGGAAAGGUGCGAGCAAUAAACAGAAUGAAGCCAAACGUUUUUCAAGAGAAUCCAAAGCUGUACCUGCUCCUAGUGCCAAUGCUGAGCUACUGGCGUCAAUACAGAAACGUCUAGGGGAGACUAACCAGACAAGCGUGAGUGAGAAGUUCAAUCCUGAAGGAGAUUCUGGUUUUGGCUUCCGGAUCGAACCACUGGAGGGUAUUACUACUGCACCAAAUCUUAACGGAUCAAGCCAGCUGAGAACACAAAGGUCUUAUGUGCAACGUGGGGGAGCCCAAUUGUCAAGAUUCUCAAACUCUGUAGCACCUAAUAGAGAUGGUUCACAGUUUGGUAGUGUGAGAGACGCGUUAGUGAAUCAACGCUGUCUUGAAGAUGGUUCAGGGAAUUGCAAUUUGUCCCAAAGGUUGCUUGAGAAACCUAAUGGUUUGAAGAAAGAAGAUGACUCCUCAUCAUCUAGCAAAGAAUCAAUACCGGGCUAUGGAGGUGGGAAGAGAGAGAGGAUUCAUUACUCAGGACCAUUGAUUCCAGGAGAAGGAAACUUGGAUGAGAUGUUGAAAGAACACGAGAGACAGAUCUUGUUGGCUGUACGUCGAGCUCAAUCUGAUAAGGCUAAGAGGGACGAUAACAUUCAGGGCCGCCGAGCCUCCCUUAUGGGUAAUGGAAGGAUCAUCAGACGAGCUGCUCACCGCCUUUCUUCUCAGUCUUUUCUUGUGCUGCUGGUCCAUGUUUCUUUUCGAUUUUACUGUCUGCAAUUCUCUCUCGAGGGCUACACAAGACUCUUCCCAGAUAGUGAGAAGCAAUUGCCAAUAAUAUGAUUGCUAUGACGAUCAAACACCAUUCCCAGAUUGGAACUUCCAUUUUCUUGGUCACACAGAGAGGAAGAGAGAAAGGUGCUUGAACGUUGUUGGUACUGUUGACCAAAAGACAGAUGAUUGUGAAGAAAUGAUACGCAACGACUUGUGGAAGGUAACCAAUUUUAUAAACUUUCAUAGAAGAAAGAAAAUUUAUAUAAUUUUAAAACCUACAUAUGACAAGAGGACAAUAAUAUAGUUCAGUAGACCUACCAAUAAUGCCUACAAUUCUACAUUAAUAAAUUUUGACGCAAGCAAGUUAAUUAGAGAUACUCUUCAUAUCCACAAAAAAAAUGUAAGAAUGAUUACAAAACUCAUUAAUCUUCCUUACUGUCUUUUGAGUUUACUUUCAUCAGAAUUCGAAACCCUGGAUGUGUAAACAUCUAGCUUGAAAACAGAUCCCAAAUCAUAGAAGUAAAAAUGUGGAAGACUACUCAAAUGACUAAAGUACAGUUUAUAGCUUAACUGGUGAUCCAUCUGACUACUAAAAUGAGUAAAAUUUCUGGAAGAUCCGAGAUCAAACAAGGAAAACGGAAAUCACUAUACUAUUAUUUGAAAGGAGAGGCAUGCCACAUCAAAUUAAAAAAUAAACCAAUAGAUAACAGCUAACUGUCCAUUAUAACCUAUAUUAUCAUUAUUUCUUCAAUUUUCGUCUCCGUAGCCACUAUGCUUUCAACUUACCGUCUUUUCCACUUCUUUCUCCAUCUUCUUCAACUUUUAGUCCCUCCUCACUAAUUCAGUUAUAAUUGCAUUCCUCAGAUGAAAGACAAAAACUUCAUGGAUCACUUUAACUUCCCCUCUCUUACCAUAUAUAUGCCAUGUAGCCAUCCGAACCGCUCAAAUUACCACCAACAAACUGCUUCCUCUCAGAGAUCUUUCUUUUCUUUAAAAAUAAAAUAGCAUUUUACGGUUUUGGCAGAAAAUACGUUUUUAUGGGUUUGGUGGAAAAUACGUUUUUGCGGUGAAAGUACGUUUUGCGGUUUUGGCGAAAAAUAUGUUUUUGACGAAAAAGUGCGUUUUGCGGGUUUGACGGAAAGAGUUUUUUUCGCGAUUUUGGUAGGAAAAGUGCAUUUUUGCAUUUUUGACGGGAAAAGUGCAUUUUUGCGUUUUUGGCGGGAAAAUGCAUUUUUCUGUUUUUGGCGGAAAAUAUAUUUUCCGGCUUCGGCGGAAAAAUAUGUUUUUUCGGUUCUGGCGGGAAAAUACGUUUUUUCCUGUUUUGGCGGGAAAAUACGUUUUUCAAGUUUGGGCGGGAAAAUGCGUUUUCCAGUUUCGGUGAAAAAAUAUGGUUUUCCGGUUUUGGCGAAAAAUGUGUUUUUUCAGUUUUGGCGGGAAAAUGCGUUUUUCGGUUUGACGGAAAAAUACAUUUUUGGUUUUGGCGGGAAAAUAUUAUUUUUUUUUGGUUUUGGCGGGAAAAUAUUUUUUUCGGUUUUGGUGGGAAAAUGUGUUUUACCAGUUUUGGCGGAAAAAUGCUUUUUCGGUGUUGGCGGGAAAAUACGUUUUUCGGUUUUGGCAGGAAAAUACGUUUUUUCAGUUUUGGCGGGAAAAUAUAGUUUUCAGUUUUGGCGGAAAAAUGAGUUUUUUUUUUCCGGUUUUGCCGGGAAAAUGCUUUUUGCAGUUUUGGCCGAAAAAUGCUUUUUGUUGGGGAGGGGCGGGAAUAUGUAUUUUUGGGUUAUGGCGGGAAAAUGCAUUAUUUCCGUUUUGGAGGUAAAAUGUGCGGUUUACUGGUUUGACCGAAAAAUGUGUGUUUUAUGGAAAUAUGCAUUUUAUGUUUUUUGAGGAAAAAUGCAUUUUGCGGUUUUGGCGAGAAAGUAUGUUUUCAAUUUUUGUGGAAAAUAUAUAUUUUUCGGUUCUGACGGAAAAAUGUAUUUGCAAAAAGUAGAAUUUACGGUUUGAAAAUAAUAUUUUAACUUUAAAUGGUCAUUUUUAUCAUUUAUCAUUUUUGACUGAAAUAGAUGCAUCUGCAUCCAGAUGCACCAUCAAGACUCACAUUCAUUUGGAUGAGAAUUUGAGAUGGGUUUUCAAAAAAUUCAGCUGGGUGAUCCAUCUGGAGGUAGCAUUAUAAUGCACAAAACGAACAUUGAUUUGCAUCUUCAUUCAGAUGGAUCACCUGGUUGAGCAAACGAACUAACGCCUAUAUGCCAUGUAGCCAUCUGAACCCCUAAUACUGCUCAAAUUACCACCAACAAACUGCUUUCUCUCAGAGAUCUUUCUUUUCUUUCCCAAAGGUCUAGAGAGAUCUCAGACGUGGGCAACACCAAAUUUGAGAGGAUUAUGAGGCACCGAUAGUAUGUUUCCAUGGACUUCAUCGUUUUAUCAAUUUAAUUAAAACUUUUUUCAAAAGUUAAAAAUAUCCACGGAAGUGUAAGAUUGAUUAAAAAAACUCAUCAAUCUAACAAUAAUCCUUUUAAAUUUACUAUCUUCAGAUUCAAAAACAAGGAGGAUCAAAAUCUUGCUUUCUAAACAAGAUCACAAUUCAUGAGAGUAAACCAUACUUAAGGACUUGGCAUUUGUAGAUUAACCGGUGUACCAUCUUUGGUAAACAAAAGAUUAAAAAAGUAAACUACGGUGAUGAUUGGUUCGACUGUGAGUCUGUGACUGUAAAAAUUUAGCUUUAAAAGUUUAGUUGUAGGUAAGUUGGUUGUGGUUGUAAUGUAAAAUAUAUCUUUUAUGCAGAGAUUUUUGUUGUAGUUAAAUUUUUUGUACCUUUAAACUAUAGACUGCAUAUAUUUUAAAAUAAAAUAUGUGAUGUAUAUAUAAAACUAUACUUUAUCGAUUAAAAUAAUUUCUAUUAAUAUUUUUUUUUAUAAAUGAUCAAAGUUUGUUGUUGUUUAAAAUGUGAUAUGUAAAUAAUAUUUAUGUUAUUUAAAAUAUUUCAAUAAUUUAACCCCAAAAUUAAAUUAAAAUAUUUAUAGAUAUUUUUACGAUGAUUAUCUAAUUAUUUGAUAUUAUAAUAGAUUUUAUUUUACAAAUUUUACAGCCUAUAAAAGAAAGAUCUAGGUUCUUUUGCCUAAAAUACAUAAAACAAAUUCGCUUUAUUAUUUUUGUUGAAGCUUUGAAGUUCAAAUUAAAGCAUGAUUGGUAAAAAUUAAUAGAAACUUGAUGUAUGUUUUAAAUUUUAAAAUAAAACUACACGAUGUUUUUGAUAAACUUUAGUGAUUUAAAAAUAAAUAAAGCUAAAGGAGAUAAAACUCAACCAAUCACCUAGUUUACCGUAACGAAGAAUAUUCUAUACCGACCGUAUCCAAUCCUACACGAAAAGAGAGCCCUACUGUUUGAUCCAAAAAUGGUGUUUAUGCUGGUGAUUUUUGUUGAAUCAAUACAAUAAAAGAAUCUAAAAAUAAGAAUUAGAUUAUUGAGGCUUAGGAGAAAUCUUUAGAUGAAAUCAAAAGGGAAAAAAAAUAUAAAAGAGAUUUCAUUGAUUAAAGGCUCAUCACCAAGAUGAUUACAAAGUAAAGUGAACCUUAGAAUACAAAAUCUCUAUGAAAAUAUGUUCUUAAAGUCUAAGAAGAGGAGAAGAUCCUUUCUCAGAAGGAGGUAGCUCCUUAUCUAUAGAAAGAUGAAGCCUAGGGCUUUCCGGCAAUAUGGGCCUAGUUCAAUGUCUAAUGGAUCUUGAGGAGGAUGUAAAUACAUCUUCAACAGUAAGUCCCCCCAAGUUCGUUAGUUUACGAAUAGGAUUUAUUAGACAAUUAACUAGACACACUCAUGCCUAUGAUGGUUUAGACAAGUUUAUUUCGAAUUUGUGCCUAGUAAAAAGCGAGUUUGCUUUAAACUCGUGCUUAGCGAAACACGAGUUUACUUGACUCAUGCUAAGACAGAGGCGAGUUUACUGAGAACUUGUGCCUAGUGGAAGGAGAGCUCCUGUAAACUCAUGCCUAGCCAAAGAUGAGUUUUUGUAAACUCGUGUCUAACAAUAAGCGAGUCGACCGCAAACUCGUGCCUAAUAAAAAGCAAGUUCAAUUUAAACUUGUGCCUAAAAUACACGUUUACCGAACUAUUGCCGAUCCGAAGUCUCGUGUUGAGAUCGUGUGUGCCGAGCAAGUUGUUGGCUUGUGUGUUUGUCAGGCUAUGAUGAUGUUAAAAAUAAGAAUUAGAUUCUUCAGGCUUAGGAAAAAUCUUUAGAUGAAAUCAAAAGGAAAAAAGAAUAUAAAAGAGAUUUCAUUGAGUAAAGGUUCAUCACCAAGAUGAUUACAAAAUAUGUUCUUAAAGUCUAAGAAAAAGAGAAGAUCCUUUCUCAUAAUUUAUAGAAAGAUGAAGCCUAGGACUUCCUAGCAAUAUGGGUCUAGUUCAAUGUCUAAUGGACCUUGAGGAGGAUGUAAAUCCAUCCCCAACACCUACUUUACAUUUUUAUUUUGCAGGUUGUAUUAACCAUUUUGCUCUCACGAAGAAUCGCAGUUGCCUUGUAGUUUAAGAGAGCAUGAUGUUGUCUCGCUGGUCGUUUGAGAUGUCAUGGUCUGGGCCAUUUAACAUUCUCAGUGGAGGAGGUGCUCUAGUGUAAUGGUGCAUGGACUUAAGAAGGACCAUGCUUUUAUAGCUUAUCAGGUGCAUGGUCUGAACGAUAGGAUAGCCUGAAUGCACAUGUUUUCUGGCGAUGGUUUAUAACCUUAUGGACAUGUUGAAACAUCCAACCCAGAAAUCUUUGAAAUCACCGUGAAACUUUUUAAGUAAAAUAUCAAGUCAAAUUUUAUCGGA